AUGAAUCUUUGGAUCUUAUAUCAUCUCCUUUUUACCAUAUCAACGGUCGUGACAUCAUGGACACCUUACGCUAUUAAAGAAAUCCACGAGGUACCCUCAGCAUGGACUCGCCGAGGAGCCGCAAACUCAACUCUGAAUAUAACACUGUACAUUGGUUUGCAACCAGCGACUCCCAACAAAUUGCAUAAGCAUCUCCUUGAAAUUUCCGAUCCUUCCCAUCACAGAUAUGCUCAGUUUUUAAGCAGGCAGGAUGUAAGGAAGGCUCUGGAACCGCCUCGACAGGCUGUGCAUCACGUACAGGCUUGGUUGAGCCGUGCGGGCGUCGCCGAUGGCUCUCACUCAAUCUGUGAGAGCAGGGAUUGCAUGAUGGUGACUUUGACUGUUGCAGCUGCAGAGAGAUUGCUUCAGACAAAAUACCAUGAGUACAUUAAUGGGGAGGAAACGGCAAUAAGAGCAACACAGUGGUCACUACCAGAAGAAUUGCAUGAGGUGAUUGACGUUAUCCAGCCCACCACGUCAUUCUUUCGCAUUCCAGCCCGGGCUAGGAAGAUGGCACGUCAGAAUAGAACAGGAGGGGAAAGCAGUAGCACUUCACUCAACGAUCUCGCCGUAGAGGUCGAAGAAGGGACUGGCAACGUAAUAGACCUACAAAGUAUUCCGGCCAAUUUGACGCCCCACCAAGCAUGCAACACGAGUGCGGUGACGCCCCUGUGUCUGCGAACCCUGUAUGGGACACUAUACUAUAAGGUUCAGGAAUUGAGCCAGAAUCGAAUGGCUCUGGUCAAUUACCUGGGGGAGUUCAAUAACCAAUCCGAUAUUGCACAAUUCCUCCAGGCCUAUCGACCCGAUGCCGUUGCGGGAGCCAAAACUUUCCAUGACAUUAGUAUUGCGGGUGGCAUCAAUCAGCAAAGCCCAGCUACACCGCAGCAAAUAGCGAAGGGUAUAGGCCGGGAGGGCAAUCUCGACGCGGAAAUCAUGCUGGGCAUUGCGCAUCCUAUUCCCCUUACCACGUACACGGUCGCCGGGGAGCCACCAUUUACUCCCGACUCCUAUACCCUCACCAACACCAACGAACCCUACCUCACAUGGCUAGACUGGAUUCUCGCACAGCCGGACUCCGAGCUCCCCAGCGUGGUCUCGACUUCCUAUGGUGACAGCGAACAAACCGUGCCCUUUUCAUACGCCCAGCGUGUCUGCCGGGGCUUCGCGCAGCUCGGCGCUCGGGGCGUAUCCGUCAUCAUGGGUUCUGGAGACCAUGGAGUGGGACAACCAGAGCACUGCAUGUCCAACGAUGGCCAGAACCGUCCCCAGUUCCAGGUCAACUUUCCCGAGUCCUGUCCGUGGGUCACCUCGGUCGGGGCGACCAAGGGGAUCGAGCCGGAAGUCGUGGCCGUGAAUGACGACAACGGGUUCGUCUCUGGCGGAGGGUUCAGCAACUACUUCCCUCGUCCAUCUUAUCAGCGACAGAACCCGCAGGCGGUUGCUCGAUACCUGUCUGAGAUCGGCGACUUGCACUCGGGCCUGUUCAACCCUGAGGGGCGAGCGUAUCCAGAUGUCGCGGUACAGGGGUAUCGGUAUGCCACCGUCUGGAAUGGGGAAACGCGACUAGUGGAUGGGACAUCAGCAUCGACGCCCACGUUCGCCGCGAUCGUGGCUUUGGUAAACGAUGCGCUGAUCGCGAGCGGUCAGCCACGCAUGGGGUUUUUAAAUCCGUGGCUAUAUGCCGAGGGACAUGAGAGCUUUCGUGACGUUACGGUCGGGUCUAAUAAGGGAUGCAACACCACGGGCUUUCCGGCGGGCGAGGGAUGGGAUGCAGCAAGUGGAUGGGGCACACCAUGGUUUCCUGACUUGGUGAAGAUGGCGCUGCAGCGGAGAUUCCGUAGUAAUCGACCCUGGUAUGUCCCGUGA